AUGGUGACCUCUUCUACUUCCACGGUUCCGCAUUCCAUCCUCUCCACACGUCCCACACCCUCAUUUCAACCAGAUAUCGUCCCCUGCCGCUCCUUGGAUGACCGUGGCCGAUCUCCCCCCGGCCCUUCGUCCACGACGGUGGCUGCUACCAUCCCAGUUCGCGCCUCUAUUGAACUCGCCGAUUUCCACCCACCUCCCCAAGAAUCUGCCCGCACCAGACCAGCUGGCCGUGCUGCGAGACCGUUUGAGCCCGCUGCCAGCUCACUAUCACUAGCGAGGCUUGGCUCAGGGCUAGACACUGAGUGGGAGAAGAGCGGCUCCUCCCCAGAUCAGCUCCGCCGCCAGGGCUCCCGCUUCACACGACUCUGGUUCUGGGCGGAGGCCCUUCGACGCCGCGCUCGGAACCCUAUUGUUGAACAAGAACCUACCGCCGAGAUGAAGUUCUCCCACAGCAUUCAGUUCAAUGCGGUACCGGAUUGGAGUUCCAAUUACAUUGCGUAUAGCAAUCUCAAGAAGUUGUAA